UGUUGUCAAUCAGCUGUUUUUUGAUGAUUUGGAUUUUGGUGUUUUGAACAUAAAACUUUAAAAAAUUAAAGGAUUUAAUAAUAAGUGACUGGUACCUUACACUCAUAAUUUCCUAUAUAAAUAAUUUAAGUUUAAAGUCUAGAAAGGAAAUAAAUCUUUGUACUUACCUCGACUGCUAAACGCUUUAUAAAAAAUUGCUUAUUUGCCUUUGGUAUAAAGUUUUCCAAUUCAAUUGCUUUUGAAAUUGAAGGAAUGAGCAAUGGAUGUACUGUAUAAUCAAACAAAUAAAUUAAUCCAGCAUACUCAGCAAAGAUUUAAAGUUCUUGAAGGAAAUGUUGUCAAUGCCAAUGAAAUAGAAGUUGAAAUUGCUGAGAACAUAACACAAAUCCAGAGGAACUGCGAGAAAUUAGACUUAUACGUACAUAAACUACCUUUAGAACAGAGGCAAAAUGGAAAAAUGAGAUGUGACCAAUUAAAAUAUGACAACAGGCAUAUGCAGGCAGCCUUAGAAGCGGCAAAGCAGAGACGAUUGCGACGAGAAACGGCGGCCAGUGAAAGGGAGCAACUUUUGAGUCGAAGAUUUGCUCCUAAUCCAGAUUUGACUGCCAUCAAUAUAGAUUAUUCUGUCCAGCACCAGAAUUCCCUUCACAACGCCCAUAGAGGGGUAGAUGAGAUGUUAUAUACAGGUUCGAACACUUUAGACUCCUUAAGAUCUCAAAGGUCGACACUAAAAGGGGCACAUAAACGUAUUAUAGAUAUGGCAAACGUUUUAGGCGUGAGUAAUCAUACUAUGAGAUUGAUUGAAAAAAGGGUUUCAGAAGAUAAAGUCGUUUUUGCUGGGGGUGUAUUGACAACUUUUGUGGUAAUAAUUUUAGUCAUUGUUUAUUUAACAUAGUUUUUUUACAAAUAUAUGGUCUACUAUUA